CAAAACGCUCAUCGCUAGGAACGAAAACGUUUAGAAAUAUCUGUAUUUGUUAAGAAAAAAAACAAAGUUUAUUAAAAUGGGAUCGUCAUCUGUUAAAAAACACAAAAAAGAUAAAAAGCACACUCAUCGUUCGCAUUCGCGAGAACGAUCUCAACGCGUAGGCGAUGAGGAAGCUGAUAUGACUUUAGAUCUCACAGACGAUUCGUCUUCCGCACGCCACAGACAUCACAAGCAUAAGAAACACAAGGAGCAUCGCCAUAAGCACCACAAGCACAAGGAGCAACGUGAGCAGCGUACCAGCGAGGUGAUAUCGCUGGAGGAAUCUGAUUCGGACAGUUCCGACUGCGUGGAAGUGCCCGUGGAGGCAACCAGUUCUAGAUCCCAACAACGUGAGGCUCCACCGCCGCCACAGAUCUCUAAGCAGCUGGACUAUGAGCGUGAGCGUGAGCGGGAACGGGAUCGGAUGGAGCGCGAAAGGGAGCAAAGGGAGCGGGAAAAGGAGCGUGAGAACCGUGAGAGAGAACGUGAAAGGGAACGGGAGAGAGAGCGCGAACGUGAACGUCGUCGCGAGCGAGAGCUGGAGCGUGAGCGUGAGGCACGCAAACGUGGAGUGCGUGAGCGCGAGGGUCGCUCGCGUUCUCCCACUCGCAACAAGGAGCAACGUCAACGCGAGCGCAGUGCGUCUCCCAUACCAGAGAAUGGCGCUGGCGAUGUGCUCUCCAUUGCAGAAACAAACAAGCUGCGUGCGAAGCUCGGCCUCAAGCCAUUGGAAAUGGAUAGUAGCACAUCUAGCAAAGCAACUGAAUCGUCGAGUCAGCACGAGAGCAGCAAACGUGAACGUGCUGCUGAUGAAAAGGAUUUGUCCUCCUACAAGGAUGAGUGGGGUGAAUUUUUGCACAAGCCUGCUGACAACAUAAAGGACAAAAAGGAGGCAGAAAAGCUGCGUGAGAAGCUCAAACAGCGCAAAGAGAAACGUUUCCUAGAGGAGCGUCUGGCGCGCAUACGCACCUUGGGUGAAUCCGAUGAGGAGACAGAUGAUGCAGCCAAGUGGGUGAAUCGUAAUAAGCGUGUGGUUGAUCAGCGCGAGGAAGCGCAGCGCAAGGCCAAGGAGCUGGAGGAGCUGGAUGAAGCCUUUGGUGUUUCGGAGCUUGUAGAGCAGGAACAGCGCAAAGCGCGUCAAUUGGCCUACAAUGAACGCAAUCUUAAGGGAUUGCGUGUACAGCAUGACAUGGAAGACUUUAAUGAAGGACGCACAGUUAUUCUUACGCUUAAGGAUCAAGAUGUGCUCAAUGAUACAGAUGGCGAUACUUUGGUCAAUGUUAAUAUGCUGGAUGACGAGCGUUAUAAGAAGAAUGUUGUAAACAAGAAGUUAAAUCCCUUGAGCUACGGCUAUAAUGUCUAUGAGGAGCAAUACGAUGAGCUAGGCAAUCCCAUAGAGCGUGCUAUUUUAGAGAAAUAUGAUGAGGAUAUUGAUGGACAGGCCAUCAAACGCAAGGAUUUCGUCAUAGGCGAGAAUAUGGAUGAGGAGCGUGAGCAUAGACGCAAGCUGCUGGAGAUUAAAACAAAGCUGGCGGGCAAACGUUUGGAAACGUUGCAGGAUACGCAAAUACAAUUGGCUUCGGAUACUUUUAGCGCAGAGGAGUUGGCAACAUUCAAAAAGCCGAAGAAGAAGGUUAAAAAGUUGCGUCAAAAGCUUAAAGCUGAAGACUUGGAGCCUUUGGCAGAGGCUGGCAGCUCAGCUAACUUUGGCAGUCGUCAGGGACGCUAUCGCGAGCCAGAUGAUGAGGAUGUCACCAUGCAAGAGGACACCAAGGCGCAAAUAAAACUCGAGCAGGAGGAUGAUGACUUGGAGCGCGUGCUGUCCAAGGCGCGCAAGCUCAAGCAAAAGGAGCAGCUUAUUACAAAACCAUUGCCCAUCGAUAUGACAGCUAUAAAGCAGGAGACACAAGAACCUGAGGCAGCCGCCAAUGGCAAUGAGCAGAGCAGCGUCGAUGGCAACAUUGUGUUGAAUGCCACAGCGGAGUUUUGUCGCACGCUGGGCGAUAUACCCACCUAUGGCAUGGCUGGCAAUCGUAAUGAGGAUUCCAGUGACAUGCUGGACUUUGAUAAGCAUGAGGAUUUGGAUGAGCAUAUGGAUCAUGAUCAGGCAGAGCCCUCAACGAGUCAUGGCACAUGGAAUUCUGUUAAUCCCGAUGAGGUUAUGCAACCAGCAGACUUGGAUAAUUUGGGUGAGGACAUAGAAGAACGUGCCAUUUUGGAUGAGGAGCCAGAUGUGGGUGCAGGUGUUGCAAAUGCUCUGCGCUUGGCUUUGUCCAAGGGCUAUCUGGAGAAGGAGGAAAAGAAUCGUCCUAGUAAUACCAAAAUGGCGCAUCUGCAGGCCAAGAACUAUUCCAUUGAAGACAAGGCAGCUGGUGAGGACGAAAAAAUUAAUCGUCGCGAUCGUUUCCAUGCUGGUCCUAUAAUGGAAUUCAAGGACAAGGAAACCUUUAAGCCAAAUGUCAAGCUAGACUAUAUAGACGACAAUGGGCGUAUACUUAAUCUAAAGGAAGCUUUCCGUUAUCUCUCACACAAGUUCCAUGGCAAGGGACCAGGCAAAAACAAAAUUGAAAAGCGUUUAAAGAAAAUGGAGCAGGAUGGCCUAAUGAAAACCAUGAGCUCGACGGAUACACCACUCUGCACUUUAACGAUGCUGCAACAGAAACAAAAGGAAACAAAGACACCCUAUGUGGUGCUUAGCGGUAGCAAUAAAACUAGCGGUGUGGCCGGCAAUUCAAUAUCCAAGUUUAAAUAACAUAAAUAAUCACAACAAACUACAAGAUAGCCCAUAACCAAAAUGCAAUAGAUAACUUCCAAAAUCCAUCAAUACUAAAUGCAAACUAAGCUUAGAGUUCCACACAAACAAUUAUAACAAACAAUAAUCCAAAAGAAAAACUUCAAAAACAACGAACAAAAUGAAUAAUAAAAUGCAAAAAUAUGAAAAAUGCUGCACUAGUGCAGCUUGUUAGACAAUUGUGAAAACAGCUUUGAGUGUAAAAAUUAAUAAUAAAAUUACAUACU